UUAGUCACAUGUUUGUGGAACUUGUUCAGUUUAUGUCUCAGUUGUUGAAUCUUGAUAUGUUCAUACAAAUAUGUACACAUGUUAAGUUUGCUGACAAUAAUCGCUGUUUACAGUGGGAGGACGUUUAUUUUUUUUGCUGAGUUUAUGUGCGUCUGUGUAGGUCCGCUGUGGGCAUCAUGGAACCUGGGGAUCUUCAUGUGUAUAUGCUGGAACCUGGGCAUCCAUAUCUCCUUAGACAAAUCUGUCAACCUGGACCAAUGGACCCCAGAACAGAUCCAGUGGACAUGGGGAACACCAAGGCCAAACAACUGUAUGAGCCCUCCUCCCAGACAACUUCAGACGGCCACAGACAGACCAGUAUCCUUUUUGUGUGCGCGUGUGUAGUUAUAAUAAUCAAUCCCUCUGUGUGCAUCUGCAUUUGACCACCACCCUACUCAACUCACUUACCACGCAUUGUGUGAGUACCCUUUCAUUCACACAAGAAGACGCAAACAAGAUUCUUUUUCCUACCUCCAACAUGGACAACCCAGUUCCACGCUCGACUGUCGAACUCAAAAUCCAACUUCAGAGACUUCGAGAGAAAGAAACACGUUUGUUCCUGCAUGGCACCACUCUUAGUGAGUAUUGGCGCAACAAGCGCAUUCCAAGAGGACUGAGAAUACAGAAGGAGCCUACUAUAGGUAAUAACGACAAAACUUUUGUUCAGCAAUGGGGUGAAAUACUCAACAAAUGCUCAUUAGAUUUAAUGCUACUUAUCGUGGAACAUGUGUCAAAGGAAGUGAAAGAAGUUGAAGUUAAGAUUAGCGAACAUGAGGCUAUAAUGAAGGAAAUUCUAGGCCCUAAUUUUACAACCAUAGACGACACGAUCAAGCAGUCAAUUGGGAAAUACAGAGACUCUCUACAAGCAACAAAAAUCAGGAAAUACCAGCGAGACACAGAAGAUUACCAGCUAAACCAGGUGUACGCAUGGGAAGGCCCAAGGACAGGAGCACGCAGAGGCCGACGGAGGGACGCACCGCUGAUCGGGGGACGCAGAUACGCAGCAGCGGGAGGACAUGGAAACUUGGACACAGAGGCAUCCACCGAGAGCGAAUUCCCUACAGACAGUGACUCCAGCUUCCAUGGCACACAGUCCGUUUUUUUAGCCCGGAAGCAACAGAGGGCUCCACGAAAGAAAAGAAACGAUGCAGGAGAGGUAAGCGGUCGAAGAGGAGACCAGGAACACAGGCCGUGGACACGGAGCUACAGCGGGAUGCGGUAAUUAACCUCUCCAAAAAAGACCUUACUGACGCUCAAGUCUCAGUCUUAUCUAAGGGCCUCUCUUUUGUACCUACAUGUACAGAUAAACCAUUCGAUACGAAAGUAGAUCUGUUUAAAUUCUUUCGCAAGAUUAAACUUAAGCAUGUGUUUUCACACAACACUGAUUCGGGCCUAGUAACACAUCAAGGAACUGGCACCCAUUUUAAGCCCAAAAGCAAAUUCUGUCCUAUGGUUAACAACUCCUCGAUUAAUACCUAUUGUAGGUUAGUCGAACAAGAAGCCAUGUCAGUAUAUACAAGACAAACAAAACAUAUUCAGAAGAAUCUCACGAGAACAGAAGAACUGGCACUCAAAGAAUUAAUGAAAGAUUCAUCUUUGGUUAUAAAACCUGCAGACAAGGGUGGUGCUGUGGUUGUUUUAGACUAUGACAAAUAUAAAGAAGAAAUUCAGAGACAACUCAGCAAUGAACGUUUCUAUAGAAAACUGAGUGUUGAUCCCACACAGGUGUUCCAAAGGGAUAUUUGCUCUAAUUUGGAGCAAGCCCUAUUAAACAACCUUAUCUCAAAACCUGAAUAUGAAUAUCUUUGUUGCAAAUGUGCCAUACGUCCAUGCUUAUACAUUUUACCGAAAUUACACAAACCUAAAACACAACAAGGCAACUAUCCAGGCAGACCAGUGGUUGCAGGAAUAGGCUCAAUGCUAGAGCCAUUGUCAAACUUUGUAGACUCUUUUAUUAAAUCUCAUGUGCAAUCAUUGCCAUCAUAUGUAAAGGACUCUAUAGACUUCAUAAACAAGAUCUCACCAAUAACGGGUUUAAAAGAAGACUGUAUUUUGGUCACAUUAGACGUCGAGAGUCUUUAUACCAGCAUUCCCCAUGUGGGGGGGCUGGCAGCACUAGCACACUAUUUGGGAGACAGAGAUACUAAUGAAUAUCCACCAACAAACUUCAUUCUAGAGUUGGCUGAAUAUGUUUUGACGUACAACUAUUUCAGGUUUGAUGAUGAAUACUACCUCCAAACGAAUGGAACAUUGAUGGGCUCUACAUUUGCUCCGAGCUAUGCCAACCUCUAUAUGGGUCUUUUUGAAGAACGUUUUGUUAAUAAUGAAAACGAGAAUCCAUUUUUGAAUAAAGUCCUUAAGUGGUAUCGAUAUAUUGAUGACAUUUUUUGUAUAUGGGUAGGAACCGAAGAAGAACUGUCAGAGUUUAUGGCACUACUCAAUGACAUUGACCCUAAUCUCAAAUUCACUAUUGAACGUGACACUAAACGUGUUCAUUAUCUCGAUAUGUGGAUUGAGAAAUCAAAUGGAACCUUGUUUACAAGUCUAUAUAGAAAAGAAACGGACAGAAAUACUCUAUUACAGGGUGACAGCUUCCACCCUGAGCCAUUAAAAAGAGGACUUCCAAGAAGCCAAUUUUUUAGACUGCGCCGUAUAUGCCACUCCACAGAUGAUUAUCUAGAAAAAGCAGCGGAGAUGCGCAUGAGGUUUCUUAAAAGAGGCUAUUCGUCACAAUGUGUGGAUGAAGCUCAUAACUUGGCAUUGGAAAAAACACGAGAUGAACUGCUACAAAAAAGACCCGCUAAAGCUACAGAACACUCCGUAAUGUUCACAACUACAUAUACUUUGAAUUCGCGAAAAGUGGGAGAGGUGGUCAAGAAACACUGGCAUAUUUUAUCAUCGGACCCAGCUUUGCCGGCUGAAUUUAAAUAUCCACCACGUAUUGUGUAUAGGAGAGGUCGCAAUUUACGCGAUAAAUUGGUUCAUGCCAACUGCCAGCCACUUAAGAAAAUUAGCCAAGCACUUUUACGCCCUCUACCAAAUGGUAGCUAUAAAUGCAGAGGAUGCGCACAGUGCAACAACAUGAUGAAGUGUCAAUAUUUCUGUCACCCACACACAGGAAAAAGGUUCCAAAUAAAUGACAUUAUUACGUGUUCCACCACCCAUGUUAUUUACAUUAUUAAAUGUCCAUGUGGGCUCUGUUAUGUCGGUAAAACCACCCGCUCUCUUAAACAGAGAAUUAGUGAACACAAAAGUUCAAUCAGGAGAAACGACAGGGAGUAUCCAGUCGCUGUACAUUUCAAUGACAUGAAGCAUGACAUUUCCACCUUUAGAUUUUGUGGCAUAGAGAAAGUUAAGAUAUCAGACAGGGGAGGUGAUAUUAAUAAUACUCUGAGUAAAAGAGAAUGUUUUUGGAUUUUCACCCUCCAGACAUUGUUUCCAAAAGGACUUAAUGAUGAAAUGCCUUUGAAUGUUAUGCUGUGAAUUGGAACAUGAAAUGUGUGUCUCUUGUAGAUUAUUCUGACGUUUUUCAUAUGAUGUACCCAAUGACUAAUGAACUUGCUAUGUCCUCAUUGUGAUUAUACAGAAGUGUUCAAUACGCCUUAUUUAUACACUUUUGUAUGAGUUAUGAAAUGCACAUUGUUAUAUUUGGUAGCACUUAUUUAUUUUCCUUUGCUUCCAACCCCCUUCGAUGUGUAGAACGGAUGUGGGUGGAGCCAGGUCUACAUAAGGGUGCAACUUUCAAAAAAAUCCCAAAAGCUCUGACGAAGGCCGUGUGGCCGAUACGUAAGCUUAUUAAAUAUCGGUGAUACUAUCAAGAGCAGUGUGCGGUUUCCUUUUCCUUCAUCUUGUCCAAUUGAUGCCAUGCACCUGCAAAUAAGAUUGCUCAGAUGUGCGAGUGCCUUUUUGUAUUUGUACCACCACCCUACUCGACAAAACACAGUUCCAUUUCCCAAUUCACUUUGGAACCAAUAUUAUGAUGAGACACACAU